CUUGACGCUGGCUUCGGCCGAGGAGGAGAGAGGCUCUCCGGCGGAGGACCAGGGAGGAGAGAGCGUGGUGUUGAGGAACCCCGGCAGCCCCCUCCCCUCCCCCCGGCCCUGGAGAGCGAGGGUUGGACCCGGCUGGACCCCCACCCCGGCCCCCGGAGGAGGACCCGAGAGAGAACCACGUUGCCACGAGAGAGGCCUCACUUCAGGGCUGCAGUAUGUUUGCUUCGGUGAAGGCGUUCGAGGGGCAGCAGUACUCCACCCUGAAGAGGCAGUGCCUGCAGAGCGGCCUGCUCUUCGAGGACCCCCGAUUCCCGGCCAUUGAUGACUCGCUCUUUUACCAGGGCAACAGGAUCGGACGCGUGGUGUGGAAGAGGCCGCGGGAGCUUUGUGAGGACCCUCAUCUGUUCGUAGACGGCAUCAGCGCGCACGACUUGCACCAGGGGCAGCUGGGUAAUUGCUGGUUUGUGGCGGCGUGCUCCAGUCUGGCCUCCAGAGAGUCUCUGUGGCAAAAAGUCAUUCCCGACUGGAAAGAGCAGGAAUGGGAUACCGAGAAGCCCGACUCGUACGCCGGCAUCUUCCACUUCCGCUUCUGGCGUUUCGGCGAGUGGGUGGAUGUGGUGAUCGAUGACCGGCUACCGACGGUGGACAACCAGCUGGUCUACUGCCACUCCAACGACAGCAACGAGUUCUGGAGCGCUCUUGUGGAGAAGGCUUAUGCCAAGGUCUAUGGCUGCUACGAGGCGUUGGAUGGCGGCAACACGGCUGACGCCCUGGUGGACUUCACAGGGGGCGUUUCGGAGCCCGUGGACCUGCUGGAGGGUCAGAUGGCCAUCGACGAGGUGGCCCGCAACCAGUUGUUUGAAAGAGUCCUCAAAGUCCACAACCGUGAUGGCCUUAUCAGCUGCUCCAUUAGGGCAACAACCGUAGAGGACAUGGAGGCGCGGCUGGACUGCGGCUUGGUCAAAGGCCACGCCUACGCCGUGACGGACGUUCGAAAGGUGCGGCUGGGCCACGGACUGCUGGCGUUUUUCAAGUCGGAAAAGCUACAUAUGAUCCGCAUGAGGAACCCCUGGGGGGAGAAGGAAUGGAGCGGCCCCUGGAGUGACAGUUCAGAGGAGUGGAACAAGGUGAGCAAGAGCGAGAGAGAAAAGCUUGGCGUCACCGUGCAGGACGACGGCGAGUUCUGGAUGACGUUCGAUGACUUCUGCCAGUACUUCACUGACCUGAUCCUGUGCCGCCUCAUCAACACCUCCUACCUGAGCAUCCACAAGACCUGGGAGGAGGAGGUGAUGAGGGGCUCCUGGGUCCACCGCCAGGACCCACUGCGCAACCGCUCGGGAGGCUGCAUCAAUCACAAGGCCACCUUCCUGCAGAACCCUCAGUACGUCUUUGACUUGAAGAAGGCGGAGGACGAGGUGCUGAUCUGCUUGCAGCAGAAAGAGAAGAGAGCCACGCCCAAAGAAGGCAAAGGGGAAAAUCUCGCCAUAGGCUUCGAUAUUCACAGGGUGGAGAUAAACAGGAAGUAUCGUAUGCACUCGGCCCAGCAGAAGGUGGCGGGCUCCAUCUAUAUCAACUCACGCUGCGUCUUCCUGAGGAAGGAGCUGAAGGAGGGUCGCUACGUCAUCAUCCCCACCACCUUUGACCCCAGGCAGCAGGGCGACUUCCUGCUCCGUGUCUUCACUGAUGUGCCUUCAGACUGCAAAGAGCUGACACUGGACGAGCCUCCUCAGACGUGCUGGACGGGGAUGUGUGGCUACCCUCAGCUGGUCACUCAGGUCCAUGUUCUGAACGCUGAGGGUCUGCAGGGACAGGAGUCCAACGGAGCGUCUGUUUCCGCAGCGGUCAACCCGUACGUCAUCAUCACCUGCGAGGGCGAGAGGGUUCGCUCGCCGGUCCAUAAGGACACGCGCUCCCCCAACUUUGACAUCAAGGGUCUGUUCUACCGCAAGAAGCCCAAAGAAGGCGUCCACAUUGAGAUCUACAACAAGAACAUGCUGGUGGACACCUUCCUGGGCCAGGUGGUCAUGUUCAGCGACCCCAACGAGCGUCAGGAGCAGCACACGCUCCACCUGCGGGACAAAGGCAGCCGCCAGGACAACGACCUCCCGGGCACGCUCACUGUGCGUCUCAUCACCUCCACCACGCUCACCAACAUCUGACGCCAUGGAACGUUCACGCGCACGCCCCGUUCGUCUUCUUCGUCUGAUUUCCUUUAAAUGGACUUUUGUAAAUGGCCUUUUAGUCGGCAUCUUUAUUCGCUGUUGCUGCCGCAGGUGUUGUUAUUCCGUUUGUUAUUCCAGUUGCACACAGCAUCCCAAAAAGGCCAAAACGGAACAGCUUUUUCUUUCUUUUCUUAGGGUGCGUUCACACGUGGCGGUUUUGGUUUGCUUAAAGCGGUCUCUGGUGCGUUCGCUCUGCUGCUCAACGCCAUCGUCGGAACUACGGUGUGCCUUUGGUGCAAGCGCUCUUGACAAAUAUAUUUUAGGAGCUUUUUGUCAUAUCUUAACUGCUAAAAAUAUCAGAAUAUGAUUUUUUUUUUUUUAAAGAGUGGUGUGGUUCAUUUAGUUUCCACAUUGCUGCUUUAGUCAUGUGACCAAAGGCUGUGCGGCAAAGAGCAUGAGCACUUCAUUUCAUCACUCAAACCAAGAUGGAGUCUGGAGGUUAUUUUUUGUCAUUCAUUCAUUCGUUUUCCACCGCUUAUCCUCACGAGGGUUGCGGGGGUGCUGGAGCCUAUCCCAGCUGUCUUCGGGUGAGAGGCGGGGUACACCCUGGACUGGUGGCCAGCCAAUCACAGCGCACAUAUAGACAAACAACCAGUUAUUUUUUUAUUGUACUAUAUUGACCAGUGUAGAUUUCACCAAAAGCUUCUAAAAUGUACUUGUAGAGAGCACAAAUGGGGCACACACACGGAUGAAACACAAACAGAAAAUCAAAGAGUGAGUAAUAAAAGUGAAACCUUAAAAGUCAGUUUAAAGAGGUGAGUCUUCUUACUUUAUGCCUAUGUUCUAAUGCCUUUGGUCACAUGACUCCAAAUGGCACCAAAUGCACACCAAGUCUGUUUUUUUUUUAUUUGUGGUUCAGACCAGAGUACCGCAUCACAUGACAUGCACACGUGAUGCAUGUGCAGACUCUUUUGCACUCCCAUGCAUGUGCCAACGUUUCCAAGGGCUAUGCAUUGCCUUAAGGCUGCGUCUGUCUUGCGUGGAGGUCAUUGUCCAUCGGUUGUUUGGAUCGACGCUUCCCGCCAUCUUGGUCCUCCUCGGUCUACUUACAAAGCGUUCUCUAUCCGUCCUGGGCGAGCAUGUGCCAUCAUCUCAAGCUUCUUCUUCUCGUGGACGCGAGCCAACGUGUCAAAACCUCGCCUUCCGUCUUCCUCGCACCCCCCCCCCCCCCCCCCCCCUCCGCCUCCCCCAGGAUGCUUCUCCACCGGUGGCUAUGGACGACACCUGACAACCGCAUGGCUUCAAAAAGACCUUUUGCCUGUGUCGUAGCUUAGCGGCCGGUGUUUGUGCCCCCCCCCCCCAACAUCACCCUAAACAAGUGCUUUACGGGACCAAAGACCAGCCAGCCGAGCCCGCUUUCUGUGUCCUUUCAGACUGGCCCGGCCCCAGCCUAACGACAGAGCCCCCCCCCCCUCCCCGUGCCACAUGAUCUUCUUAAUGGCAACACCACUGCCUGACACUUAAGUCUCUGGACCCCCCCCUGAGACGCAGCAGCCGUGCUUCUGCUGUUAGCACAUAGCAGGCCCCUGAACGCUAGCGUUUGUGUGUACUUGUUUCUUCUUCUCUGUUUGGGCGAAUGUACGUCUGGUUUUCAUCCUUCUACUCAAAGUGAUGAGGGAGGGAAAGGUGUGCAACAUGUAGGCAGAGCACCCUUUAUUGGCAAGGCACACCUUGCACUUGAUUUUAUUUCCUUAGUGGCAGAGGAGACAACCUUCCCAAACUAGCAGUGCCAUGUUGGGUCCUGGUUUCACUUCUUUUUGCAUGGAUGUUUGCGUAUCGGACAAUUACCUUUGUGGGGAAUUAUGGCUUAUUUCUUCUGGUCGGGAUGGGCAUUGGUACCCCUCUAUGCCGGGGUGGCUUUCUAAUAAUUGAUCGGAACCGGGACGACCUUCCCCAUUCUCAUUUUGAUUCCGAGUUUUGAUUUCCAGUCUGCCAACCGCAAGGAACAGCUUAACUGUAUUUUUAAAAAAGUGUAGGUGCGUGACCAACGCCAUUAAGUUCCCGUCUUUGACCCAAAAGUGGGUCACCGAUUUGUUUUCAGUGGUGGUAACUAGGGUGUCACAAAAGUAACAAACCCAACACUGAGGCAGCAAGCAUACGUAGUAUGCUAGUACUAAUACGGUAGCUCAUAUCCAUCUAACAUUAGCCUGUGUACUUUUCAUAGACAAAUCUUUUACACGCAGGUUGGCGAAUGCAACACAUCGACAACAGCAUAUGGUUAUGGUUGGAGUUAUUUGAGCAUACAAGUUACAUUGGAAUAUCAAUUGCAAUACAUUUGAUCACUUCCUGUAUUCCACAUGUACUCUUUGCUGGUUUAAAAUGCAUAGGCAAAUGCUACGGUCAUGUAAUAAUGUGGUAAAUAGUAGUCAAAAGUUCUUGUCAGCAUAAUAUUCAUAUUCAGACAUUUCACCCAAAGAGAACUCUGGUUAACGCCCGUGCGACCUUUUAUGACCUGCCUCUUAAAAGCUUCAUCGGCAUCGAGAAUCGUGAGGAACCGCAAUCGAAAUGAGGAAUCAGAAUUGGAAUUGGAACAGUUAGCUCACUUUAUAUUUUGUUCUUCAGAUUGAAAACAUCAUUUGGCUUUUCUUCACAGCAUUGGCUAACCUAGCAUGAUGUUGCUGUUAAAAUGUUAGCACUUUAGCAUCACGUAGCUAUGCUAACGUUUAUGUCCUCCCGUGCUACUCCUUGAUAAUGUUACGUGACUAUUUGUGAUAUGCGGCAACUAUGAAUUAUUGAAUAAUAAGUUCCAGCAUAUAAGGCCCGGACCGAAAAGCUCAUUAGCAUUAAAGCUAAUGAGUUCCGGGUAGUGCUUACUUCAAGCACGUUUAGCAUCAAUGCUAACACACUUCAUGCGGCAUAUUGAGGCGUAAAUGAUUAAAAAUACGAUCAUUUGAGAUGUUUAACAAUCAUCCAAUUGGUGUUUGAAUGGAUAAUGGUGUCCUUGGGAGCCGUGCCAUAGUGGAGGUCUUCCGAGAUGUCCGUCAUCACGUUCUUCUUCACAUUCUUCCCACAGUCAGAGGCCUAUGAAGCAACAGCACCUCUGCUGGUUGCAGCCCAGUAUUGCACUCCAUUCUGCCCCCAUGCCUCAAGAUGUGCCUCAUCAAUAAUUCAUAAUCAAUGCCUCAUUUUUAAGACGAAGAUCAUAGAGCUUUGCAAAACUGCGAUGAAACGUGCGAUUAUUCUUGUUUUUCAUAUUAUUUCAAAUCCUUAUCGAUACUUUUUGUGAGCACAUACGUCAUCUUCGUUUUCCUUUUGUUUGCACCUGAUCAUAUCGGCCAGGAAUCAUUGGUGCCAACAGUUUGUGAAAUAUAGCAUAAUAUAAUAUAAUAUAAUAUAAUAUAAUAUAAUAUAUAAUGUAAUGCAUUCUUGCUUCAGAUUAUUGGUGCCAAAAAAAGUCCCAUCAUGCAGCCCACCAAAUAAAUAGCAAUAAUGCUAAACAUAUCCGUAGAAAAUGAGUCAAGACGGCUGAGUGACUUGACUCUACUGUGCCGUCUUCACGUGGAUUAUUUGCUUUAUUCAUCAGACUGACGACGCAUGUGCCAUUUUUCUAUACUUACAAAACCUUAUUAUUAUUUAUUGAUUGACCUCAGGGGUGUCCUUUUUUGUUGAUGUAUAUUUUUGUGUAUGCUUUUAUUCGUUUGUACGGAUGUCGUACAUACACAAACCUUAUACAAUACAAUUGUCAUCUCAUCUGAUGAGAAUCAUGAGCAUGAAUUUAGUAUUUAACAUUACAGCUUUAUUGCCAUGAAAAUACAACUUUAGCUUUGGAAUCAUUUCAGUGCUGGUUAUGGCCCGGUUAACUAUUUUUUUUGGUCUCGCUAAACUACCGAUUUUUAUGCAAUGACAAUGUAAUAAUAACAUUUUAUUCAUUUUCUUGAUGCAAUCACCACUUUAAUUCCGUAAUAACGCAACUUUCCCCCACUGAUUACAAUUACAGCCUUAUUGCCGUGAAUUUACAACUUUGUCAAAUUGACUUUUUUACUGCUAAAUUAUAACCUUUUUCCCGCAUACAUGCACCGUUAUUCUUGUGAAAUUAUUUGUUUUUUUGGUCAUAAAAAGAUAAUGUGAAUUAUUCGUGUAAAAUUAUGUUUUCUCAUGAAACUUGGUCUUUAUUUUGGUCAAAAUAUAACUUUUGAGGCUAUACAAUGAAAAAUUAUGCUAAAUGAUUAAGUUUUCCCAACCUAAUUCUCACUAAAUUGGCCUGAUGUUAGAUGCUCUUAUCAUGAAACGUCAUUUUUGUAAUAUGACUUAUUUUCCACAACGUUCUCAUGAAACUACUAAAUUAUUAUUAUUAUUAUUAUAUGUAAAAUUACAACUUUCCUCAUUAAAUCCAGACAUCAUUUUUGCAACUUUUUAAAAUUCUAUCUUUAGUCCUGUGACUUCAAGAUGCUGAACUAGAACAUUUUUUUCCUAAAAUGUCAACGUUCUUAGCACUUUAGGGAUGUUCAUCUUUUUUGUCGAAAACCGAUAUGCCAAUAUUGUCCAACUCUCUAUUUCCGAUACCGAUAUGAUCCGAUGCCGAUACGUGUAACAUGACGUAUCUCCUGUGGGGGAAUGAACACACAUGUGUUGGACACAGCAUUCUUUUAAUCGGUUUUCAUGAUCGGGAAAAAAAUCGAUAAUUAUCGACAUCCUUAGACUGAAUGCUUUUUUUCUUUCUCUGCUAAAUGACUAUUUCAUAUUACUGUGCUACUCUUAUAAUAUGUCACACUAAAAUAUUAUUAUCGUUAUUAUUUAGCAACAGUACGCUACUACUAAUCUUUUGUUAAUGUUUACGAUAUUUGAAUGCUGUAAAAGUGUUUAUCCCAAUCCCAAAGGUACAAUCUUAUUAAUGGCUGGUAUAUUGACAACAGCACUUUGGUCCUUUUUGUAUUGUUUUUAAUACCCCCCCCCCCCCCCCCCCCCCAUUAGGGAUCCACACUAGUGUUUUCUGCCAUAGUGCGUCUUGGGGCUUUGACUGUAAUGUGGAAACACUGCAACCACUGUCUGGACCUUUUACUGUUGACUGUUUUUUCUGCAUUCAAAUGCUUUGUUUUGUUUUGUACGAGUCCAAAAAAAAAAAAAAAAAAAAAAAAAGCCAGUACAUGUAGCAAAA